AACCUCCAACUUUUUCCACCUCUCUGUUAAUGUCCAAAUAACUUCUCCUCUCUUAUCAAGUCUCUCCUAAAUCUCGACCCUUUUUUCGGUAGCCGAAGUAGUAGAAACGUCGCUGAAACGAUGCAGACAGUAAGGACCCGCCGCAAGGUGGCUCCAGCCACUCCAAACGGCGGUGACUCUGGCGAGAAACUGGACCAGCUUCUCCUUUCAUCCGCCAUCUGCAAUGGCGAAGACUUAGGGUCGUUUGUUCGCAAAGCUUUCGCAUCAGGAAAGCCUGAGACACUCCUCCACCAUUUGCGCCAGUUCGCCCGAUCCAAAGAAUCCGAAAUCGAGGAAGUCUGCAAGGCUCACUACCAAGACUUCAUCAUGGCUGUUGAUGAUCUUCGAUCUCUGCUCUCGGAUGUCGAUUCACUCAAAUCGGCCCUCUCCGAUUCAAAUUCAAAACUCCAGUCCGUAGCUGGUCCGCUCCUAAACUCACUUGACUUGUAUGUAGAAGCACAAAAUAUUUCGAAAAAUGUUGACUUAGCGCUGAAAUCAAUUGCUUCCUGUAUGAAAUUGAUGGAGCUUUGUUCACGAGGAAACCAUCAUCUUUCAAGUAACAACUUUUACAUGGCUUUGAAAUGCAUAGAUACAAUGGAGAGUGAGUUUCUAGGUAAAACACCGUCUUCCACUUUAAAAAGAAUGUUAGAAAAGAAAAUUCCAGCAAUUAGAGCACAUAUUGAGAGAAAGGUAAACAAGGAGUUUGGUGAUUGGCUAGUUGAGAUCCGUGUAGUGAGUCGAAAUUUAGGUCAAUUAGCAAUCGGUCAAGCUUCUUCGGCGAGGCAACGAGAAGAGGAUUUACGAAUCAAGCAGAGACAAGCUGAGGAACAGAGUCGGCUCAGUUUGCGUGACUGCGUUUACGCUUUAAACGAGGAUGACGAAGAUGGAUUUAGCAACGGUGUUGAAAGCGAUAGUAACGGUGUCUCUGGUCUCUUAGGGUUUGAUUUGACUCCUCUUUAUAGAGCUUAUCAUUUACACCAAACAUUAGGUCUUGAAGAUCGAUUUAAGAAAUAUUAUUUUGAAAAUCGGAAGCUUCAACUGACGUCUGAUUUUCAGGUAUCGUCAAUGACUCCGUUUUUAGAAUCUCAUCAAACAUUUUUCGCCCAGAUUGCUGGUUUUUUUAUUGUUGAAGAUCGAAUUUUAAGGACAGGUGGUAAUUUGAUAUCUAAAAUUGAAGUUGAAAAUUUGUGGGAUGCUGCUGUUAGUAAAAUGUGUUCAGUACUGGAGGAUCAGUUUUCUAGAAUGCAAACUGCCAAUCAUCUCCUUCUGAUAAAGGAUUAUGUGAGUUUGUUAGGUGUCACAUUGCGGGGAUAUGGUUACCCUGCUGAUGUUUUGCUUGACGUUUUAAGUAAACAUCGAGAUAAGUAUCAGGAAUUAUUAUUGUCAGAUUGUCGUAAAAAGAUUGCUGAAGCCCUUGCUGCUGAUAAGUUUGAGCAAAUGUUGAUGAAGAAAGAGUAUGAGUAUUCUAUGAAUGUGCUUUCAUUUCAGAUUCAGACGUCAGAUAUAGUUCCUGCAUUCCCUUAUGUUGCGCCAUUUUCUUCUACGGUGCCUGAUUGUUGUAGGAUUGUGCGGUCAUUCAUUGAGGACUCAGUGAGUUUCAUGUCGCAUGGUGGGCAGCUGGAUUUCUAUGAUGUUGUUAAAAAGUAUUUGGAUAGGCUUCUGGCUGAAGUUUUGGAUGAGGGUCUUUUGAAACUUGUUAAUACAUCUGUUCAUGGGGUUUCUCAGGCAAUGCAGGCUGCAGCUAAUAUGGCUGUUUUAGAGCGCGCUUGCGAUUUUUUCUUUCGUCAUGCUGCACAGCUUUCAGGAAUUCCAUUGAGAAUAGCGGAGAGGAGUAGGAGGCAUUUUCCUCUUAACAAAGCACGUGAUGCUGCUGAGGAGAUGCUGUCUGGGUUGCUUAAAACAAAGGUUGAUGGCUUCAUGACAUUGAUUGAGAAUGUGAACUGGAUGGCUGAUGAUCCUGUACAGAAUGGCAAUGAAUAUGUAAAUGAGGUUAUUAUAUAUUUGGAGACUCUUGUUUCUACUGCACAACAAAUAUUGCCAGCUGAGGUUCUUAGAAGGGUUCUACAAGAUGUUCUUUCUCACAUAUCAGAGACCAUUGUAGGGGCUUUAUAUGGUGAUUCUGUUAAGAGGUUUAAUAUAAAUGCUAUAAUGGGAAUUGAUGCUGAUGUUCGACUUCUGGAGUCUUUUGCUGAUAAUUUAGCUCCGUUAUUCACAGAUGGGGAUGCAAAUCAGUUGAAAACAGCGCUUGCUGAAUCAAGGCAAUUGAUUAAUUUGUUAUUGAGCAAUCACCCUGAGAAUUUUCUAAAUCUUGUGAUUAGGGAGAGGAGCUUCAAUGCUUUGGAUUACAGGAAAGUAGUGACAAUAUCAGAGAAGUUGAGAGAUCCUUCAGAUCGGCUGUUUGGAACCUUUGGAAGCAGGGGAGCCAGGCAGAAUCCUAAGAAGAAAUCUCUGGAUGCUUUGAUAAAAAGACUCAAGGAUGUGAGCUGAUUUGGGAUGGAGCUUGAUGUAUGAUUAUUCUUGGUCUUUUUCCCAUACCUCUGUUGAUUGUGAUUGGCAAAUCUUUUAGAUUUUAGAGGUUCAUUGCUAACUCUAUUUGGCUUUGGAAAGGGCUUCCAGUUAUGCUCAUUUCUUAUUGUAUUGUUAGAUGUCAAAUUUUCAUUUUGUUUGUAUAAUUCUCAUAUGUAGGUAUUCUGUAAUUGCAUCGUAUUCUUUUGAGGUAAAUUAAUGAAUCGGUAAUAUUAUAUGAA